CACAAGCAUCUCCUCUUCUCCUCUUCUUCCAUCUGCAAGCUCGAGCUCGUUCUAGAAGGUUCUAGACACAUCAGUUGCCAUGGGCAACGGCCUCUCCCCGUGCAUGCACCUGCCGGCGACGGCGGCGGCGGGGGUGAAGCUGGUGUACUGGGGCGGGCAGACGAGGAUGCUGGACGACGAUGGCGGGGUGUGCGCCGUGGCGGGGGACGUCACGGCGGAGCUCCCCGGUGACCACGUCGUCUGCGCGGCCGACUCCUUCUACGUCGGCCUCCCGAUCCCGGUGGUGUCCGCCGGCGAGGAGCUGAUGGCGGGGCGGACGUACUUCGUCCUCCCCGCCGAGCGCUUCUCCUGCUUCAAGGUGCUCACCGCCGCGGCGCUCGCGUCGCUGUCGCCGGCGCCGUCGAAGAAGGUGUCCGUGGCUGGGCCGGGGCAGUGCCCGUUCGAGUACGUCAAGGGCGAGGGCGGCGCCACGCUCAUCCGAGUCCUCCCGGAGUUCAUCGAGAAGGUGAUCAGCUGCGACGAGAACGGCGGCGGUGCGCGCCGCCGGAAGCCGUCGACGACGGCGACGGCGACGGCGACGGAGCUGUGCAGCACGCCGGAGCUGAAGCGGCAUUACGCGCUGCUGAUGGGGCGGAGGAACCAGCCGUGGUCGCCGAGGCUGGAGACGAUCUCGGAGUGCAACAAGACUAGGAAGCUGCUACUGCGGACGCUGGCGAGGCUCUUGUCGUCGCGAUGAGCGGCGGCGGCGGCGCGUCGAACUCGAAGACGACCACCACCACACUACGCUAGUUGUAGGAUUCUAGCUGUGCAGAUAAUACAUAGAAGGAUUCCAUUCAGACAUGUACAGUCAAUUGGCGAAUGGAGAUUGAGAUUAAGACGCACUGUUCAACUAAUUAGAUGGGUGAAACUGCGAUAUAUAUAGAGCGAGAAAACACGGCACAAAUACACACUUCUUUGUAAAUUAAGUAUUCAAAGUCUCAAAUUAAACGAUACUUCCUCCA